CCUUAUUGCGCCAUCCCGCUUCCCGUUGGCCACCUCCGUCUUCCUCUCCCCUCUCCCGUCUCCCCUCUCCCCCGCAGCGCUCCGGGCAGCAUCUAGUAAAGGUUGAUCGAUGGACCCGACGCAGAGAUGCCCGUGGCUGCCGCAGAGCGCUGCUGCAGGCCCAGGGUCGCUGCCGUCCUUUGCUUGGGCCCUCUGCUCGCGCCUGCCUUCUGCAAUUGCUCUUAGCAGCACAACGCCAUUCUCGGUUUGGAAAGAAGAGGGCGGCGGCGAUCCGCUUGACGACCCCGAGAAUGUUGAGUACCUGCGCCGGCUGACCGAGGCUAUCUACCAGUCUCGCGCCGUUGCUGCGUCGUACAACAUUGCUGUGCUGGCUGUGAUACUUGUUUUUGCCGUUCUCCACUGGCGAGAAACCAGAAGCGACGCCCGGAAGUGGCGGUCACGGCUUUUGGAUACGAGCAGAAACACGGCCCUUUGCUCGGCCGGGUCGACAGCAGCUAGGACAGCUGACGGGGACGCAUCUCCGUCGCCAUCCUCCUCAUCCUUGUCGGCAAGCAGUUCAGUCCGAGGCAUGGCGACGCCCACCGGGGCUGCCAAAGAGGACGAGAACUCGAUUGUCGACCUCGAGAGGCUGCCUCUUUUGACCCACAACCAGACCGCCUCGGGCACCAGGCGCCUAACCUGGCCUCGGGCGGGUGCCGCCGCGCGGACGGUUUCGUCCUGGCUCGCCCGCCAGCCGCCACCGUUACCCGUUGUCAACAAGACGCUGCCGUCUAACGGAACAUCAGUCUUUGUUGCCGCCUGGGUUGCCUUGGUUGUUUUCUUCCACUUCUUCCUGCUGCCCUUGCGGUGGGAUUUCUUCUUCAUUUUUGCCGACAGGGCUGGGUUCGUCUUCAUCGUCAACCUGCCGCUUUUGUACCUGCUUGCCGCCAAGAACCAGCCGCUGCGCUGGCUGACGGGCUUCUCGUACGAAGCCCUGAACAUCUUCCACCGCCGCGUCGGCGAGCUCUUGUGCUUCGAGGCUCUGGUGCACUUCGUCGGCAUGCUCGUGUGGUUCUUCUUCCUCGAGGCCGACUGGCUCAAGGCGACCAAGACUCCGCGCGAGUACUUCACGCACCCGCUCAUCCUGUUAGGCAUCGGCGCCUUCUCCUCGUACGAGCUGAUCUUCUUCACCUCGCUGGCCACUUUCCGCCAGCGCUGGUACGAGCUGUUCCUGGCUUCCCACAUCGUCCUGCAGGUGGCUGCCCUGGUGUUCCUAUGGUUCCACUUCUACACCAGCCGCCCCUACGUCGCUCUGUCGCUGGUCAUCUUCCUCGUCGACCGCCUCGUCUGGCGGUUUGGCCUGAAGCGUGUUGGCAUGACGGCGGACCUGAACAUCUUUGAGGACGGCGAAACGUUUCUCGUUUCGGCGAACUGGGAUAUUCCCCCGCUUUCCGGCUUCGAAGGCUCGGCCAGGUCGUCACGAUGGUGGCAGUCUCCGCUCUUCCGCCAGUCAUCUAUCGUCAACGGCUGGCGGCCGACAGACCACGUUUUCCUCUCGGUUCCUGUGCUCGGGCGCUCGCACGCUCUGCAGGCACACCCUUUCACCAUCGCGUCCGCGGCUCCCGGUGUCCAAUCUGCCGCCAGCGAGACCGAGACCGAGUCACCACAUGCCUGGCUGUGCUUGCUCGUCCGCGCACACGACGGAUUCACCGCCGACUUGCUCCGCUACGCGCAAACCCACACCCGCGUCGACGUCAAACUCGACGGCCCCUACGGCUCGUAUCACGCGCUCGCCAUGUUGCGUGCCUCCCACUGCGCGAUCCUCGUGGCCGGCGGGAGCGGCAUCGCCGUUACCUUCCCCCUGGUCUGGGCCCUGCUGCACGACGACGACGAAGCCAGAGACACGGCACAGACCGACGACGACCUUGAUAGGUACGGCGAUGGCAAGACAAGGACAAGGAGGGGGGGCGCGGCGGGGAAGAGCAAGCAACAGCGCGUGCACCUCCUCUGGGUGACAAACGCGCGCUCACAUCGGAGCUGGAUCCCGCAGCAGCAGCUCGACGAGCUCGUCGAGCGCGGCCUCGACCUCGUGGUUCCCGAGCCGAGCGGCGAGGCAGGGCGCCCAGAUGUCGCCGGCUGCGUGACCAGCUGGAUCGACAACGCGGCGGCCGACGGACGCGAGGUCGGCGUCGUAGCCUCGGGCCCCGACGGGCUCAACAGGACGGUGCGCAACGUAUGCGCGGAUGCGUCAGGCGCCGGACUGCCGGUGCGCGUGGCCGUGGAGAAAUUUGGAUGGUGAUGCGGAUAGACUUUUUGAUCUUUUUCCUUUGGGUCUAUCAUGUGCGGCACGGGCAUCUAUAAAGCAUGGCAAGGGCGUGGCAGGGCAUUGCAUGGCAUGGCGUUUUUUCGGUUCUUUCGUUUCGGGGGUUGGCUCUGAAGUUUGACGAAGUCAAUGAUACGUGCACGAAGAAACUCAUUAGGGAAGCUACAAGAGAGAAAAAAGUCGAAGACAACAUACUCCGUAUCUCACAUUGCACGGCU